CGAUUAAUAUUGUACUUAAUGAAAGGUUCUCAUAGUGUUGACCGUGCACGGAUAACGAACGAUCAUGAAGUAUCGAGAAUCGGUACUGUGAUAAAAUUAAUCAAACAAAAUAAUACUGUAAUAUAGGCAUCAAGAUGGAUAAAAACUAUAUAGAAAAGAUUAUAGAAGACUUAAAAUCUACAUCAUCAACUUGUAUUCAUGAUACUCUUUUAAAAAUUAAAAAUAAUAUAAUUUGUAAUGAUAAGGGUCUGAAAAUAUUUAGAGAUUGUGGUGGCUUAGAUAAUUUGUUACCUCUUCUUCGAAAACCAAAUGAAAGGAUAUUGAAUACAGCUUUGAGUGUUCUUGGCAAUUGCUGCAUGGAUGAAACAAGCAGUCUUAUGGUUGGCAAAUUAAACAUUUUUGGUCCUCUUAUAUCAAUAUUAAAGACUGUAUAUCGGGACAGUAUAUUGGGAAGGACUUGUAGACUAAUAGGCAAUUUGGCACAAAGACAUUCCAAUGCAAAAGGAUUACAUGAACAUGGAGCCGUAGAAGUGCUUGUUACUUUAAUUGAAAACAGAGAUAAAAACACAUCUAUUGCUACUUUAACAAUGGCUGUUAGGGCAAUAAGGCAACUUUGGAUGGUAACAGACAAAAGGGAGGAAAUGCUAAGUGUAAAUGCUGUAAGGUGUAUUACUGUAUUGUUAACAGUGCAAUGUGAGUCUGCUGGUAUCAUAGAGUCAUCUAAUCCCACUAGUGAUGUAGAGGAAUUAAAAAAAAGCCAUGAAGAACUAAUUAAUGGUAUUCUGAAAUGCUUAGGAUACUUUACAACAUACACAAAUCCUCAGUGUUUUGAACAGAUACAGGGUGAUGGAAGGGGUUAUAAGUGUCUAGUUGCAUUGACAAAAUUAUUUGAGUCUACUGCACUAAAAUGCUUAAUCAAUUUAUGCUAUGUCCCAUCUUGUCGGCCCCUUUUGGGCACAGCUGGCCUUGUGGAAUGUUUAGUUGGCAUAUUGCAAAAACUUUCCGAUGUAGCAUGGUGGCCGGAGGGAUCGGCAAAGGCUCUUGCCCUAUUGAGCAAUGACUCAGUAAACCGGUGUCGUUUGCGUCAUUGCGGUGGCUUGCCACUGCUUGUGUCCGCAGCACGAGUUAACUCUUAUGUCCUGCAUGCUUUACUGCAAUACUAUUUUGAUGACUCGGCAUUCCAAAUACUUGUUAACGAGGGACUAAUUAGCGUACUGACUGACAAGUUAAAUGAUCAUCUUACUACAAUGGAUUUUGAACACAAACGAAUUAUGAAAUUGAUAAAAGUUAACAGAGGACAAAAUGGUGUAAAAGAGAAAAAUAAUGAAUGUAGUGAUUUAGAAGAACUAAAUAUAGAAUUACUUAAAGUGAUUGGUGGAAUUGAAGAUGAUGAUGAGAGUCGAAUUGAUUACGACAUUCCAAUUGCAAAGCGAAAAAAGGCGAUGCCGGAGGAUACCAAGCAUUUAAAACUUAUUGUCGAACCAAGUGGUCAAAAGAGACCUUAUGAUUUGAAUUGGGAGCGUAAGUACAAUGAAUCGGUAUGUAAAGUUCUAUCGCAAAUACCGGUAAGUCCAGAUCGAAGUGACACAUAUCCUACGUCACCUUAUUCUGAUACGAAUCAAUCUGGAUUGGCAAGUCCUGAAUAUGGACCGACAAGGAAAAGGAUGCGAUGGGAUUGGAGUCCCGAGUCAAGUGUAAGCGCCGGAGAGGGUAGUUCUGCGUCACCAUAUUGGGCUGAUUGGAGUCCUCAAAGUUCCAGCUGUCCCACUUCACCAUAUAGUAUUAAUGAAGAUAGUGCAGAUUCAGAAAUUUCGGGUAGAUAUUCGCCAGUAUGUAGCGAGCCGGAAAUAGAGGAUGGCGGCAAACUGCCAGGGAGUGAGCUCCUCGCGCUAGAAGUGACAAGGGUCGACCAUGAUUUAGACGAGUUGGAUAUGGGUGAAGAUAAAAGUGACGAUGAAGAAACCUCACGAGAAGAUGCCAAUAAGUUUAACGUGAAUUCGAAAAUCGAAUUAUCGGACAUAUCGUGCGUUUUGGUUUUACUAUUUCGUGUAUCGCAUGGGGCGUCUUACGAUACACAACAGGAAAUAGACCCAACUGAUAGGAUAGACUUACUCGCCGGCCACGAUUGCUUAAAUGGUCUAUUGAAUUAUCUCGAGCGUUGUAAGUCACCCCUCGGCAAUCCAGCAAGGAUACUAAAGAAAGUUUUGAGCAGUGCUCGGUGUUUUAUGAAUAUAUUGAAACAUAGAUUUCCACUUAGAUUAUAUAAUAUGACACAAUAUUCAAAACAUCCAAGAAAUGAAUGUUUACAAUGUAAUCAGGUUUGUAAUUUAAGUUUAAAACUCCUGGCUCGAUUAACUGUACUUGCUGAAUCUAGCUAUGGAAUAGGAGAGAUAAGUUAUCAAUUGCUCAAGGGUAGUCCGGACAUGAAGCAGACUCUGUCUAUUACAUUGCCUUAUAUAGUAAGCACUGCAAAACCUUUGAAAAAAUAUUUCAUAGAUUGCAACGCGUUAAAUGAAUUACUUAAUAUAAUUUCCGAAUCCAAAGAAGACAAUGAAAUCAGUAUCAUGGGGUUAGUUAAAUUAGCUAAUAACGUACAUAUUAAAGAUCCAAAGAUGUUGGAGAAUAGAUUUAAAGACAAAGUAUCCGUUAGUUACGAUCCAAUACUUGACAAUCUUUUAGUCGAUGAUAUUGUCACUUUCGAAUUAGACGAUCUGUCGACAGUGAGAGCGAACAAAUUAUUUCUUUGUCAGAAUUCGGAUGUAUUUAGCGCAAUGUUGAUGGGAUGUUUUAAGGAAUCCGGCGAAAGUUGUGUAAGAUUAAAAAAAGCAUCUAAAUCGGCAUUGGAAUAUUUGUUUACUCUAUUACAAUGUGGUUUGAACAAUCCAAAGAGUGAUAUUAUAAUAUUUCCAAUGGCAGAAAAAUUGGAGACAAGUCUCGAAACGUUAUUAUUAGCAGAUAGAUUCUUAUUUGAAAGAUUAAAAGAUAUAUUGAGUAGCGGUAUCGUGCAGUUUCAACUGUGCGCAGAAUCCGCUGAACGGAUUUACGUUUGGUCAUUAGGUGAUGGGAUGGGGUUUUUAUGUGUUGAAGCAGCCGCGUAUUUGUUGACGGGGGAAAUGAGUAGAAUGCAACGUACGCGUUCUUUUACUAACAUUCUUUCUUUAAAAUAUAAAGAUCAGUGGCUUGACGAUAUUAAAUCAAUGAUCAUGAGGCAAUUGGUAAAAUGUUAAAUUUUAGUGAUGUACUUUCGCCUAAUAACUUUCCAUUCGAUACUAAAUUUUAUGUUUAGAAAUUUGAUAUCUAUGGUGUAAGGUAAAUUGAGUAAAUCCAAUAUAACUUUGUGUGAGUUCAUCAAUAUUUCGAAGAUUAGUUAUUAUAUUUUAUACAACUAUGUUAUAAAUGUACUAACCAGGGCUAAAUGUAUAUAAAUGCUUCCAAAAGGAUUCAAACCUCGCGUUAUUCAAUUAUCUAUAUACUGUAAGAUGUUUAAGAAGUAUGUACAUAACAAAAAUAUGUGAGAAGGGAUUAGUGUUAUGUGAUAAACAAUUUGUCAGUGUAAUUGGGUAGGUGUUAAAAAGUUAUAUAAAUAGAAUAAUUGAUAUGUUCGUAAGGACUAGUCACUUUUGCUAUUAUGAUGGUGGUUGAUAUGAAGAUGAGGACAUUUUGUUUGUUUUAUUUUUCUUUGUCUGUGUAU